AUGCGCCGCUUUGAGAGAAUCCACGACGUUGUUGAGCCCGUCGAGGAAUACCGCGCGGGAGGCUAUCAUCCAGUGCAUCUGGGCGACAUCUUCCUUGAGCGGUAUCAGGUCAUUGGGAAAUGGGGCUACGGCACAUUUUCAACAGUAUGGCUCGCAAGAGACCUGAAGAAACGCCUCAUCCGGGGGAGAGAUCAUAUCAUAGAGCUCUUGGAUCAUUUCGAACACACGGGGCCCAAUGGUCUGCAUCUUGUGCUCGUCUUCCCUGCUAUGCUAUCCGACGGUGAAAGAAUAUGUGAACGGGGAAAACCGCGCUCCGCUGGCUACAUACGGUCUAUCUCUCUGCGAAUCAUUAUUGCUUUGGAGUUUCUCCACAUGCAAGGCUUUGUUCAUACUGGUAAGGUGUCCAGAGCAAAUCACUCACUCUCGAUUAGUGAUAUGCUGUUGCCUCCCGAAUACAACCCUGUCCGUUGGCUCCCUGGAGUUACGACCGACCAGAGUGCUCCUGAGUAUCUGAUGGUGACUCAACGACCUCGUGGUCUACUGGAUGAUGUCGACAUUUCAACACUGGUUGUCAAGAUUGGUGAUUUAGGUGCAGUCGUCCACAAUGGCGACAAUUCUUCUGUUCCCGUCACGCCCUUGGCUUUGAGGGCCCCUGAGCUGCUCGAGAAUCUUCCUUGGGAUUUCAAAAUCGAUGCCUGGUCCCUAGGCUGCUUGUUAUUCCAACUUGCCACAAAUGAACCACUAUUUGUCCUGACGGAGUUUGGGUGCACAUCUGACGAGUCCAAGGGAAGUUUGAAAUCCCUCAUACUGAACUUCGUUAGGGCUGGGAGGAAUCAGUUCGCUGUUUAUUUGCGCGAGAGACUGCCGCCUGUCUUUGUCGCAGACAAUGCGGACAAAUUGUCGAAUUUCCUCUGGUCAAUGCUACAGCAGAAUCCGCAAGAUCGCAGCUCUAUGUCCGACCUUCUAUUUCAUGCUUUCUUGAGUGAAUGA